AUGACUGAGGAGAAUGGCUUCGACGUUCUCGGUCCCUGGUUUGAUGGUGUUGCGCAUCUCACUAAGACAGGAACCUCCUUCGUCGAUGAAGACGCUGUAAAGUCAAAGGAAAUUGCCAUUGUCGGUGCAGGAAUGUCCGGAUUGAUGACUUAUCUCGUUCUUUCGCAAGCCGGCAUGACCAACAUCAGCAUCAUUGAGGCUGGUCAGCGUCUCGGUGGUCGAGUGCAUACAGAAUACCUGUCCGGUGGGCCCUUUGACUACUCUUACCAGGAAAUGGGACCCAUGCGCUUUCCCUCAACUUACACGAGUCCUGAAACCAAUGAGACGAUGAACAUUACAGAUCAUCAGUUGGUGUUUCAACUUGCUGACGAGAUGAAUAACCUCAACAAGCACGACAAGAACCUUAGUGUUGACUUCAUUCCUUGGAUUCAGGCGAGCCCUAAUGGUCUCUCUUACAAGAACGAGUUCAAGCUUCCCAACGGCAUGCCACCAACACUCGCCCAGAUUGCCAAGAACGCUUCACUCGGCGCCAAGUCCAGCCUUGGACCUGAAGAGGAAGAUCUCCAGGCAAAGGUAGACACUUUCAUGCCCGGGUCUGAUUUUAGUACUCUCAUGGCCAAGAACAUGUUCAAGGCUCAUAAGCAGUGGCUGGAGACUGGCUUGAAUGGACUUGGAGGUGAUCAAUGGUCCGAGUACGCUUUCAUGGUCAACUACCUCAAGGGAACCGCCAACAGCACGGAUGUUCUGGGUGACUGGUCUGCUGCAACAUUCUGGGAUACGCUCUACGAAGGCUUGUAUUUCUCGGCCGCGAGUUACAAGACCAUCGAUGGCGGCCUUAACAGACUACCUCUAUCAUUCCACCCUCUUGUUGACGACAUCACAACCAUGGGCCGUAAGAUCGAACGUGUUCGAUACGACGAUUCUAAUGACAGGGUCACACUCCAGUGGCGCAAGCAGUACAAUGAUACAGAGUUCCAAGAUUCAACCUUUGACUACGCCGUCAUUGCCGUGCCAUUCUCUAUCGUCCGACGCUGGCGUCUUCCUAGCCUUCCAGCGACCAUCUCCAAUGCUAUCAAGGGUCUUAACUACGGAUCCGCCUGCAAAGUGGCCCUUGAAUUCUCAGAGCGAUUCUGGGAACACUACGAGAACCCCAUCAUUGGAGGCUGUAGUACCACUAGUGAUAUCCCUGGUAUUGGAUCCAUCUGCUAUCCGUCUUACAACAUCAACGGUACUGGUCCCGCUACUAUCCUUGCCAGUUACCAAAGCGGCGACAUGGGUGUCCGAUUGGCCAGUAUGACUGAGGAAGAGCAUGUCCAGAUGGUGUUUGAUGCUAUGGUUGAUAUCCACGGCGAGUUCAUCAGGGAACUAUACACCGGCAAGUUCAACAGAAGGUGCUGGGCGUUGGAUCCUCUUCAAUCUGGUAGCUGGGCCAGUCCAACUGCGGGACAGCAUCAGCUUUACAUCCCCGAGUACUUCAAGACAUAUGACAAGAUGAUCUUUGUGGGAGAGCACACAUCUUACACUCAUGCUUGGAUUGCCUCUGCGCUGGACUCCGGAAUCCGUGGUGCAGUCCAGCUCCUGCUAGAACUUGGCCUUAUCGACGAGGCUAAGCAAGCCGUUGACAAGUGGAUGGCGAGUAAAUUCAUUCAAGGGCAGAGUUGA